GGCAGACGUGUGUUACAUCGCUCCGUAAAAAUCAUAGUUUUUACGGUGACCCAAGAGGGCGGAGGGGAACAAGAGUUUCCACAGUGAUGAUAGUAUCGACUAUAAAUAUGUGUGUGCGUUAUCUAGUCGGAAUGUGUUGAAUAGUCCAAGAAAGGUGAGAAUUUAUAUGUGACAUUCUGGUGCUUGAAAGACAGGUGUCAAUUAAAGUGCCGACGUAGAUUAUUCGGCGACCAUGGACGCUAAGAGUAUCGUUGCUGUGCGUGCAAGAAGGAAAUAAAAAGCAUUGUGCUGCAGGAGAUAAAAGAUGAAGUAGCAUGUAAGAAUGAAAUUAAGAUGAUGAUUGCAAAAAUCAUUCGGGAAGAGUUGGAAACUUUUAGGCGUGAACUUAAAGAAAUGAAGAGGAAUGUGCAGGAGAAAACCACUGGAAUAUCAGGAUUAGGAAGUUAUAGUGCGGCAGUAAAAAAUAAGAAGAAAGAAAGCAUCUUAAUUGUCCAAUCGUUAAAGGAACAAGAGAGUGAAACUACCAAGAAAUUAGUAAAAGAAAAAGUAGCUAUAAAGAAGAUGGAGGUAGGAAUAACAAAGCUGAGGAAAGGAAGUAAAGGUUCGGUCAUUCUGGGAUGUGAGAGCGAGGGAGAAAUGGAAAAACUGAAAGAUACAGUACGCGAGAAGCUAGGUGAAGACUUCAAGAUCACAGAACCGAAAAAAAUAAGACCGAAAAUAAAAGUUGUAAAUGUUGGAGAAGAAGAAAUACAGCUGAAAGAUGAAAUCUUAAUUAAUACGAUCAAGAAGCAGAAUACAAUCGACGGCAGAGAAGAUGAAGAAUUUAGCAUAAAAAUUGUGAAGAGAAUUGUUGAGGAUGAUUCUUUAAUACUAGAAAUAGAUGAAAUGACUCAUGAGUUAAUGCUAAGAAGAGAGAAAAUAAAUAUCAGAUGAAGGAAGUGUCGUGUAUUUAGUCAUUAUAGUGUUAAGAGAUGUUUUAAAUGCUGGGGUUACUACCAUAUUGCCAAAAAUUGUAAGCGGCAGGAAACAUGUCAUAAAUGUGCUGGGAAUCACAGAGCAGGCGAGUGUAAGGCAAAAAA